AUGAAUGAGGUUGAUCUCCAGCUCUAUGCUUUGAUGGCUGUUGUUAUGAAAGAGUUCGUCCAUUCUUGGUACUCGAAGAUCACCCCUGAUACCCUCUUCACGGAGGAAGUCGUCCAGCUUGUUGCGCAUUGCACUAGAGCAUUGGAGCAGAGACUACGACGGGUUGACGUGGAGACGCUACUGUUUGAUGAGAUCCCUUCAUUGUUAGAAGCUCAUAUCAUUGGUAAGCCACCAUACUUGUUGUUGUUUUUUGUUUUACUCCAGGAAUUUAUAUAUACAUUCAUUGACGAGGAUGGUGCGAAACAACGAGAGGCCGAGAAAAUAUACCGUCAGCUUCUGGCCCACGGAGCUAUGGCUGUGCUUCUUCCCACAGAAGAUUUGCAGAAUGUUUGCUUACGAACAUUGGUUGGAGAUAUAUUGGCCGAUCUACUCUUGGGAGGGGUUGUCAGUGGGAAAGUUUCUGAGGGGUGGUUUAUCUGGGAUGCCAUCUCGAAAAUUCUCGCGAGCUUGAACCAAAAACCUCAAGAUGAUGGUGUGGAACACGACCACAGUGGCAAUCUAGAAAAAGGCGAUCCCGAACCUGAUCAGGAACGAUCAUCUAACUUUGGCAGUUAUUCCACUCAGAAAGGCCAAUCGAUCCUCCUAUCAACCCUUUUCAACUUGAUGCAAUACUGCUAUAUAGCCUAUGUUGCAUCUCGGUUCGUGGCUUUGGGGUUGUUUCGUGUCUCAUCUUCACCAUCGUCAACAGCAACAACCUCAUCCCCAGCAUAUGCUAGCAAUAGCAUCAACUCUAAAGAGGCAACCCCUUCCCGAUCCAAGGGUAACAUCGUGCGAUUGCCCGUUUUGGAGUAUCGAAUCCUUAGCGUGAUUUCGCAGCUUCUUGACAUAUCAAGCCGAAUGCCAUGGCUUGGAGGGAUUCUGGCCCUUGUCCACCACCUUUUGAUGACAGGCCCGGGCAAGAUUGGAACGGCAGAUGGAGUGAUUGACAGGAUGGAUGAAGGGCUGUCUUCAUUCACCCGUGCUCCAUCCAAACAUCGAUCUUGA